AAGCAAAAACAAAAACACCAGCCAACUAGUACGGCAGCUCCUAUUGACGACUGGGAGUUUCUCAGUAGCUCUUCCGAAGAUGGCCGGUCGGCCUCUCCCCCAGGGGAUACCGUCGCCCAGAGCACUUCACUGCUCAAAUCGCUCUUGCGAGAUAAGUACAAAGGGAAAGCUAGUGUGUUUGAGUUUCUUGGGUUCACUGGGCUGGAGCACCGAGACAUGACUCUCUACGGCAUCGACCAUCGCUACUUUGCUAACAUCAUCCUCUUCAGAUACAACACGGAGGAGCAGUGCGCAGGAUGCUUGCAGCCGCGCGUGUCGUGCCUCUGCUGGUCAGAGCGGCCAGAGGGACAUGAGCAGAGCCUGCGUAGUAUGGACGCAGGAGCAAUUGGCCUUUCUCAGUGGAAUCUACCGCCAGAUCAGUACGAGGACGAGCUGCACCUGUGCAUGGAGAAAACGCUGCCCGGCUGGCUCAUUGAGUUUGCCAUGAAUCGGGACACAGUGAUGGGCGCGUAUCGGCGGGUGUACCGUAACUACCAUGCGCUGCUAGACCGGCGUAUGCGGAUCCAGAGGCCGACGGGCUUUGACGGCGGUGAUCUCAUGAUCAAGAGGGAAUACAACAGGCUAUGGGAGAUGCUGGAAGACAGAGAGAUCGCAGCUUAUUCAACGCCGGCAGGUUGAAGCGGUGCACGAGCGCACCUACGUGGGAGACUUGGAAGUGCGUCCAGCUGAGACGGCGCAGCCGCAAGCUGCCGUGGCUGCGUGACUUUCCUGUGACAGAAGAGUACCUCCCGGCGCAGUUUGAAGGCGAGCAGGAGAUGGCGUACCUGUACAACAGCGCCAAAGACUUUGAGAAGCGCCGGGUGUACGUCAAGGGCGAGCGGCGGGCGCCGAAAGUCAGUGUGGCGUGGUACAUGUACAAGCUGAUGUCAUUUUGGAUUGUUUUACAACCUUGAGUUUCGCUCGGCGGUGUACACGAGGUUCCCGGAGUUGCCGGCGGUGAAGCUGUUUACCCACUGGCUGAGACUGAUGAGCGUCGGCGUGCAGCUGAGCGACAACCAGAGUGUGCCGCUGUACAUGGUGGUGGCAGUGAUGUACGCCAGG